UGCUCACCAUUUCCGUGCAUUUCAUCGUUAAGUCUCUACUUUUGAUUAAAUGGGUUGCUAGAUAUCACUUUUUCACCUUGUGGGUUUUGUUGGGUUUCUACGCAAAUUUGCUGGAUUUUUUUUUACACUUUCUGCUUUGUGGUUUUUGCAGGGUUUCACUAUUUUCCUGUAUCAACAGCUUAUUUUACACCCCAUGAGAAGAAGAUGAGUAAUGGUGAUGCCGGUACAAGCAUUUGUAAGAGGCAAAAAGUUGCCCUAGAUGAUGAGCAAAUUGAUAGGAUUAGCAGCUUGCCGGAUGAACUACUGGCCCACAUCCUCUCAUUUUUACCAACAAAAGAUGCUGUGAAGACUGUCCUGAUUCGGAGAUUUGGAAACCUCUGGACUUCCAUUAACAACCUUGACUUUGAUGUGUGCAGCGGCGGCUUCUCUUACGAAGACCGUCGAGUAAAUGAAGAGAGGUUGAUUAGUGAUAUUCUUACAGAGCUGAAAUUAGUCUAUUGUCUUGUGGAACCACGAGAGCACAUUCGGUUGCGGUCACUCAAAUUUUUGUCUCUUAAGGAUGCGCUGAUAAGUGACAAGACAAUGAUUGAAAUAAUAUCUGGUUGUCCCGCACUCGAGAGUUUGUUCUUAUACAGGUGCUACGGAUUCCAUAAGCUGGAUUUCUCAUCUUGUGUGGAACCACGAGAGCACAUUCAGUUCCGGUCACUCAAAUCUUUGUCUCUUAAGGAUAUGCUGAUAAGUGACAAGACAAUGAUUGAAUUGAUAUCUGGUUGUCCAGCGCUCGAGAGUUUGUUCUUAUUCGAGUGCUACGGAUUCCAUAGGCUGGAUUUCACAUGUCGAAAUCUAAAGAAUGUGGUGAUUGAGCUCAACUGGAAAUGCAGUUCAAGGCUAGAAGUUUCUUGCCCAUAUGUGACGUCGCUAAAUAUCACAGGGAUAGAGCGCACGGAUCUGUAUAAUGUGUCAUCUGUAGUUGAUGCUGCUCUUGAGUUCGACAAUGAUUAUUUUAAUUGUGCUUGUGGUGAAUAUCGUGAGGUCAAAUUGCUUUUUGAGCAGUUACAUGAUGCCGUUACACUGUUUACUCGAUCUGUACUGGUUUUCACAAUAUGGGAGUUGACCAAAAGUUCUUGCCCAUCAAUGAAUUGGAGGCGUUUAGUUCUUAAGACGAUGCUGACCGAGUGGCACUUCCCUGGGAUUGCUAGCUUACUGAGGAAUUCCCCUGAUCUGGAGAUGCUUGAUAUACACAUAAUGCCUGGCACUAACCCCUUUUAUCAUCGCGAUGACCAGUGGCUGAUGCAUUUUGAGAUUGAUGGAGAAAACUUCUGGGAUUUUCAGCAGUCGUCGUUCUAUUGUCUUAGGAGCCACCUCAAGACUAUCAGAAUACGCAGCUUCAAAAUCGAGUCGUGUGCUGUUAAACUCGUGCAUUUCCUGCUGAGAAAGGCCUGCGUUUUAGAAAAGCUAGUUAUUGAAACUAACAGGAAUUCAUAUCCUGACGAGGAAAACCUGUUCACGUCGGAGACAUGGAAGGAAUUUUCUGAAGAUAUCCGUUCUUCUCAAAGAGCGUCUCCCCAAGCUGUUAUUUUGAUCUUGUGAAAAUUGCUAUGGUUCACCAAAAUGCCUAUGCUGUGUUUGGUAUUUAUAGCUGUUUGUCAUGUUUGCUGACAAGGAAAAACUGCUGUGUUUGCCCAGAGCCUCUCCACAAGCUGUUAUUUUGUUCUGUGAAAAAUGUUCUAGUUGACCAAAAUGCCUGUAUGUGGUUGGUAUUUA